AUGAAGAUACAUACCGGAGAAAAACCUUUUUCGUGUAAUAUCUGUGAAUUUAGAUGUAUUUCAAAAGGUCGUUUGCAAAUACAUAUGAAAAUACAUACCGGAGAAAAACCUUUUUCGUGUAAUAUCUGUGAAUUUAGAUGUAAUACAAAAAGUAAUUUGCAAAGGCAUAUGAAAAUACACGCCGGAGAAAAACCUUUUGCGUGUCAUAUCUGUGAAUUUAGAUGUAAUACAAAAAGUAAUUUGCAAGCACAUGUUAAAACACACACCGGAGAAAAACCUUUAUCGUGUAAUAUCUGUGGAGGUAGAUAUAUUAAAAAAAGUAACUUGCAAAGGCAUAUGAAAAUACAUACCGGAGAAAAACCUUUUUCUUGUCAUAUAUGUGAAUUUAGAUGUAUAAGAAAAGAUCAGUUGCAGAAUCAUUUAAAAAUACACACUCGAGAAAAACCUUUUUCGUGUAAUAUCUGUGAAUACAAAUGUAUACUAAAAGCUGAUUUGAGAACACAUAAAAAUACACAUCAGUGA